GUUCUACUUUGUUGAAAUCAGAGGUGGAAGCUACAUUAACUCACCUUUUCCUUUUCCUCUGUCAAGAGAAUCUAGUUGCCCUUCAUUAACGAGGUAACUAAGUAGACACUUUUGCUGCUGUGAUGUUGCUGUGGUGUACAUACUACUGCAGUAUCAAACUUUGGAAUUUAGAGGGAAUAUGUGUGGUAUUGGCCAAAUCUAGGCACUUCUUCAAUCAAGGCCAUACCUUCUGCAGUGAACAACCAAUUAUUAGAAUCACAAAAACGUAUCUCUCCCCCAACUGAAAGAUCUCAUACCUCCAAAGUUCAUUGAAACAAUAACCAAACUGUAGAAACAAAAUCAGGCCCCUUUUUUCUACUUUUUCCUUUUUCCCUUUUUCCUCUUUUUUUCCACUUUUUCCGCCAAAUCUAGGGAUUUGGCCGAGGUGUCUGACGCGGUACUUGCAGUAAUAACCUUGGAGACGAAGCUACGGAACAGUCGGAUUCUGCGAGGUAGGAAGAGAAAUUUAUUGGGGAGUGGAGUUUUCAUUUCUUCGCGAGGCCGUAAGAAAGACCUAGCUAGAGAACCAUAUCUAUUGUUCUUCCCCGUCAUUGCGAAGCUACCCGUUAUUCUUAUUGCUCUCGAGUCACACUGAAGGUAUGGCCUUGAUUGAAGAAGUGCCUCAGGAAGACAAAAAAGAAGAAACAGCGGCUGAGGAGGUCGCUUCAGGGAAGCCCAAAGCAGUGCCUGCAGAGACCACCACAGAUUCAGCCACUGCCACAGCAUCAACACCAUCUGGAGGCGCAGAGAAUGACUCAGAUGGCUUUGAAACUGCGAGUGAACGUGAUGUGAGCGACAAUGAUGAAGCAAAUCAGGACAUGAAGCAGCACCAGGAAGAUGCUGCAACUGAUGAAGAAGCAAAGCAGGUUCUCUUACUCCCCCCAAAUUCAGUUUGACCCUCUCGUUUUGAUUGCCUGACAUUAGGAUUGCAAUUUUAUUUUGGGGUUCUGAUAUUUAGAUUGACGAGGUUAUCUUAGCAUAGGAUUACUAUUUGGGAGUUUGAUGGCAUUUGUACAGGCAAGCUGAUUGGCAGAUAUGUUUGCUUGAAGAAGAAAGCUUCUCCAUUUAUACGUCUUGUGUGAAUACUUAUAGACUGUCAUUUCUCGAUGAAGCAGAAAGCGUUAGUGCAAGCCAAUGAUGCUAAAUUGGAAGGCAAUAGACUAUUUGUGGAUAAGAAGUAUGAGGAGGCUUUAGCACAGUAUGAUGUUGCCCUACAAGUUGCCCCUGAAUUGCCCUCUUCUUCGGAGCUCAGGUCCAUAUGCCAUACAAACCGCUCUGUGUGCUUUUUGAAGCUGGGGAAAUAUGAGGAAACAAUCAAGGAAUGCACAAAAGCAUUAGAAAUAAACCCUUCAUAUAUUAAAGCUUUUAUGAGAAGAGGAGAGGCCCAUGAAAAGCUUACACACUUUGAGGAAGCUAUUUCUGAUAUGAAAAAGAUUUUGGAGUUAGAUCUGUCGAACGACUUUGCUCGUAAAUCUAUGAUUCGGCUGGAGCCAUUGGCAGCAGAAAAGCGUGAGAAAUUGAAGGAAGAGAUGAUUGAGAAGCUGAAAGAGAUGGGGAACUCUGUGCUCGGUCGAUUUGGGAUGAGCGUCGACAACUUCAAAUCUGUGAAGGAUCCAAACACUGGAUCUUACUCUCUCUCAUUUCAACGUUAGUGUUCAUUCGGACUCAAGUCUCUGGUUCUUCAGCUGCGGGAAGGGUAUCAUUUCAUGCCUGGAGAACAAAUGCUGUUAAACAAGAAGACCGGCCAAUGUUUUUUUGUCUCCCCGUUUUGUGUUCAUAUUGAAGUAAAAAAUACCCCAGUUUGAUGGUUGAAAUCAAGGUAGAACAUUAGGAGGGUACUUCUAUUGUUUGAGUCCACAAAGCCGGCGGCUUGGAUUGGUUGUUUCGGUUUCCAGGUGAACGCAUGUGUAGAAAGGAUAUUGCUGGACUGAUGCGAUAUUAAAAAGUCAUGAACGGCCACCUAUGCUCUAAUGACAGCGGACCAUGUUUGGUUGAUUUCUAUUUAAAAUUAGAUACUAAGCAUAAGUUGAUUUGGUGGGCUAGAAACCUAUGAAAUAUUUUUUGGAGCAUCAUCUAGCACUCAACUCAAUCUGUG